UCCCUCCUGCUCUCCGCGCUCCCGGGCCGCGCUUCCUGCGUCCCCAUCCCGGUCCCGGAGCCGGCGACGCUCCGUCUCCGCACCGCGCUCCCCCGAUCGAGGCUCGCUAGAGUCCCCUGCCCGCGAUCGCCGCGUCCCCGAGGAGGCAGCCCGGGCUGGGGGUGUCGCGGAGCCCCCAGCCCCGGGCCGCCGGGCAGAGACCGAGCCGGAGCCGCAGCGGCCCGGGAACUCGGAUGCCCGAGGGAGCCAGCGCCAGGGCCUAAAGCCAGCGAGUCGCCAGGUGGUCCUGCUGGGGGCUCCAGGGGGAGCCGGCCCCCAGGGCUCCACCUUGCAGGACCCAGCAGUGGCUCAGGACACAGAAGGUGGAUCUGACUCGAUCCGGGCAGCUGGAGCGGUUGGCAGGCGCGCCCUCACCUGUGCCAGGAGAAGCAGCUCGUGAAUCUUUCUGUUUCCAACUGUUCUUCUCCCGGAAAGGGAACUUGAUGUGGCCGAAGAAGAGUUGGUCUUGCUGGUGGCUUUGCACGGCCUCUGGUCAUUUCUUUCCACAUUGAGAUCCCAGAGCCCUUGAGAGUCCCUGCUGCGGGCCAGGCUCAGAGACGGCCAGGAACUCCCAGGAGGAGACGCGCCACAGCGUGGUCGAUCCAGGAGGCCCCCUCCUGCUACGUCCACCCUCUGCCUUCUCUGGAGAGAGCUGAGGUUUUACCACGUUCAUUCAACUGCACAAAAUGUUUUAACGCCCUGCGCUCUGGCCGCUGGGCGCGGCCUCCUGCAGGGAGAGGCCUCUCUUCCCCGCAGCUGCUCCCCGAGUCCCCUGGAGUCCCCUGGAGGGUCCGGCCUGCGUCCUCCUAGAGCAGCACUGGAGAGUCUCUUCGUUGCUCUCCGGGGGCUUCGCUGCUGCUGCUGCUGCUGAUUUCUCUCCUUCUUGGUCUGGCCUGGGCCGGGCCCCGCGCCCCCACCGGCAGGAUGGCACAGUCCAAGGCCAACGGCUCCCACUACGCACUGACCGCCAUCGGCCUGGGGAUGCUGGUCCUGGGGGUCAUCAUGGCCAUGUGGAACCUGGUGCCCGGGUUCAGUGCUGCUGAGAAGCCGACGGCGCAGGGGAACAAGACCGAGGUGGGCAGCGGCCUCCUCAAGAGCAAGACCUUCUCCGUGGCCUACGUGCUGGUCGGGGCCGGGGUGAUGCUGCUGCUGCUGUCCAUCUGCCUGAGCAUCCGGGACAAGCGGAAGCAGCGGCAGAACGAGGAGCUGGCCCGAGUCCAGCACCAGACGGGGGCCGUGCCGCGCGCCCAGGAGGAAGACAGCCAGGAGGAGGAGGAGGAGGAGGAGGAGGACGAGGCGGCCUCCUCCAGGUACUACGUCCCCAGCUACGAGGAGGUGAUGCAGACGCACUACACAGAGGGCCCCGAGCUGCAGCAGAGCCCGAGGAUGAGCGUCUCCCUCCCCUCCUACGAGUCCCUGACGGGGCUGGACGACACGACCCCCACCAGGGCCGAGGUGGAGGCCAGCGCCGGGCACCCGCCCGCCAGGCAGAACUCCAGACUGGCCAAGCGCCUGAAGCCCCUGAAGGUUCGGAGGAUCAAAUCCGAAAAGCUGCACCUCAAAGACUUUAGGAUCAACCUCCCGGACAAAAAUGUCCCUCCCCCCUCCAUCGAGCCCUUGACUCCCCCGCCACAGUACGACGAGGUCCAGGAGAAGGCCGCCGACGCCCGGCCACCCGACUGAACGGCCCUCGGGGCCGCGUCCCUCCUGGCUCACCCUGAGCCACAGAUUGAGACGCAGCCGCUUCGCCCCGGGGGGGGAGAAGCCGAGGGGCCACUGUGCACUUGGCCAUUUGGAUGGGGGUCCGAGUCCCGGGAGUGGGGGCUGACGCUCCUCAGAGCUCGCGUGGCAGGUGCAUCUGGAAGAGAUGCUGCCCUGGCGCUGGUGGCCCUCUGGACCCCGCCAAGAGGGGCGGCGGGGUGUCUGCCCUGCCCUUCCCCAACUCUGGGUCGUGGGCGACAUGCUCCUUUUUUUUUGAGUCAGAGAAAGAUGCCUGGCGACGGUUCCACACGGUCGCUUUGCUUCUGCUUUGACUGUUUUGUUUCAUAAGAACAGCAACUUUGGCACCUGCUCUCUGCACUGGAGUCCUGAGCCGGGGUGCACCUGGCCAGCUUCCCCAGAAGGACCCGGGCUGUUUUAUGACGGGGCGAUGGUGGCUCGCGGGCCGCCCCGGGGGUGGCUCUCUCAGGCCCCCGUGCUGUUGGUUUUUUGAUGGCUGAGGGCCUGAGGGGCUUCAGCACCUGCUGCGGAAGACCGUGGUCUUAGUUGGCGCCGUCUGCCAGCCUCUCCUGUGUGGUGGCUAAAGAGGGUUCCAUUCCUCUGACGUGUGGCACGCUGAGCUUUUUGUAAUAAACUAUUUUGUAUGUAGGA